AUCUUGGUUUCUUACUCUCUUUUUGUUCGUUUUUUCUGUAUGUAUAUGUACGGUGGUGUCUAUCUGGAUUGAGUUGAAUUGAAUUGAAUAUCAGGGGCUACGAAGAUAACGAAAUCACGAUGGAACUCAAAAUGACUCACCUCGCUACUCUCCUAUUAUUCCUCUCUCCUCUUCUUUCCACAACCGCUGCUCUCGACUGCUUCUCGCAUAAUGGCGUCAACGCAAACUCCUCCCAAUUCUACGACUCCGCCCGCGACGGAUCCCUAAUCGCCUGCGGCACAGGCGCCACAACCUGCUGUCUGGAGAGCGAGUACUGCGACGUCGAUCUACUUUGCCAUUCGCGUAGUAAUGGCGGGUAUUCGAGGCAGUAUUGUUCGGAUCCGGAUUGGCCGGAGGAUGCUUGUUCGCAGCUUUGUCCGAGCUACGGCGCAGCCGGAAUCUCAUUGACAGCAUGCGACUCCGCCGGGACGAAAUUCUGCUGCGGCCCCAACGCAGACGACUGCUGCAAAGCCGGGAACUACACACAAAUCGACAAGAGUAACGGCCAAAUCGUGGCUAUUGGAACUAGUACGAUCCCUACGAGUAGUACCUCAGCUACACCUUCUUCGUCCGCGAAUGCGACUACGAGUAGCAGCGCGUCUGCGACGACGACUGCUGCUGAUGCGAAUGCGGACGCGGAUAGCGGGGAUGGUCUGACUGAGGAGUCGAAACUUGGUAUUGGGUUGGGUGUUGGACUGGGUGUUCCGUUUUUUAUCGCUGCUGGUGUGGCGCUGUUUCUUUGGAGGAGGUCGCUUGCGAAGGGUGCUGGUGGUGGUGGUGGUGGUGGUGGCGCGGAGAAGAAUUCCGGUGUUGGGGGUGCUGGUGCGGAUCCUAAUGCCGGUGCGCCGUAUGAAGUUGCUGGUUCUGCUGCGCCGCCGUAUGGAUAUGGGUAUGCGGAGCAGGGACAGUGGCAAGCACGGACACAGGCACCGGGGCAGGAACAAGGGCAUGAUGUUACUGGGAACCGGAGUAAAAAUGUGCAUCAGCUUGAGGCUAAUGAGGCCCGCGCGGAGUUGGAUGCUGCGAGGGUUCAUGAGAUGGAGUAGUUGCCUUUGCUCGGGGUAGAAUACACUGAGCUAAUCGCAUAAUAAGCUAGAGCAAUCAUCUAAGCAUCACUCAUAAUGUUAUCACUUCUGUAGAUAGGGCUACCGGCGGAUACUGAACAUUUUUAUCGGGAUUGAGGUUGAAUGGAAGAAUCCUGUUUGCUGGUCUUCUGGUGGUGAUUCGAAGGGUAUCCGUUCGACUUUGAAGUUGUUCGUUUC